AUGAACUCUCAAUUUGCUGAUCACCCUACAUUGGAUACCAAAUUCAUCAACAUGACAACAUCAAACGUUUUUUCGGCUCAUUCUCUCCAAACUGAUCCUGAUCUUUAUGCCUUACGAAACAAAAAAUACAAGAAACAUCAUGUUGCCCCCAUUGUAACUGCCCCUCUUCCUACUACGACUACUACAGUGCAACCACCAUUACCACCACAACCAAUCCAAUCAACUCAAUCUAGCCAGCUUGUAUCCACCAAUAGAUUGGCGUAUGUCGAAGCCCUAGUUGAUAUCAACGCAGUUGUCAUUGAGUCCAUUUGGUAUCCUACGAUCCCUAAAGAGUCCCGAGUAUCGCCGGUCGUACCAUUGCGGACUUUUAUCCAAGAAGUACUCAAGAGAUCUCGAACAACCUACUCUACGUUACAAACAGCAUUAUUUUAUUUGUUUCGUGCUCGACCAGCCAUUAUUCAACAUUUGCAACACCAACAACAACAAAGAUCAUGUGAUAAGAAGAGUAGCUGGCAGCAUAACGCAUACAUCAGCUGUGGAAGACGCAUGUUUUUAGCUAGUCUGGUUGUGGCAUCUAAAUUUGUGCAAGACAAAACAUAUCGUAAUUCAGCAUGGGCAAAAAUAGCAGGAUUGCCUGUUACAGAGAUCAAUACUGCAGAGCGAUACUUUCUGAGCAUUAUGGAUUAUCGACUAUACAUUGAUCAGAGCACAUUUGAUCGCUGGCAUCGUCUUUUACAUACCCGCACACAAGCUAGGAUGCAUAAUAUACCAACAUCCCUGCGUGAUCUAUCUUCUUGCUUAUCAUUCUCACCAACAAAUUCAUACCCAUCUCCCAACAUCAAUAACGCAUUCAACAAUAAUAACAACGACCUACUAUCAUCAUAUAUUUCAACACCUCCUUUAACAUCACCCACUGUCUCUACCUGCUCAUCCACUGCCUGCGGAUGUUCCCAAUGCUCACCUAGAUCUGUACCCCCUGCGUUGUCUUUAUCUCUUCCAAGUUCAAUCUCUUCUUCACCAGCUCAGACUCCUACUCAGGUAUCACCUGUUCGUAUGAAUUCAUCUCAAAAGCGAAAACAUGAUAGCAGAGAACACAUUGCUCUACUGGACAAAAAACACUGUAGAUUCUGGCAAUAA